AUGACGUUGCCACGGCUUUCCCGGCCGCACACUCCAGCACGGCCGCCAGCGCCCUCCUCCCUAGCUCACCUCAGCCCCGCCGCCGCACACGCCUCCGGCCUCCUGGAGGUUUGCUUCCUCUUCCCACUGGAGCGGAGCAGAGAGCUGCGCUCUGCCCUCCUCCGCAGCCCACGCGGGCGGGCGGGGGUCGCUCGCUACCACGGCGCAGCGCCGGGGGGUGCCCGGCUAGGAUUGACCCACAGACCCACAGACCGGCGCGGAGGGACGAAGAGGAGCGGGGCGGGCGCCGGCGACACGUCACCGGCCGCGACGCCAGCGUCGACGCGUCAGCUCCUCUCCGCCGUGGGCCCGCCCACCCUGGGCCCCGCCCACCCAGGCUCCGUCUGCAGGCCGGCGGGCGUAGGGAGGGACGUGAGCCUCCCGCUCAGCGCGUGGCCAGCUCUAGUUGGCGAGCCCCCAACCCCUACCUCAAGCCCUGCUCACCUCCUGAUAACUGCAUGGGAGGACACAACCGUGAGUCAGAGUUCUCGUGGUCCUUAUAAGGUUCCUCCCGCCUGCUCCAGAUAUCACAUGCUGGAUGUAGCUAAGUCCCUGGACCCUGGGUACACCAUACAGAAUAAAACAGCUUUAGAGACUGCCAGCUUCAGAAAAAAACAGCAGAGCAUGAGCGGCUGCUCCAGCCAGGUAUCCACAACUGAUACCUGUGGAGUGUCAUAGGUUCCCAAGCAGCAGACACCAAGAGCCAGUGAAAGCAGUGUCAAGACAAUCAAGGUUCUGCAAGAUUUCUACCAAGAGGAAGCUGUGAUGAGGAGCUGAGUGGAGACACCAUGCUAUGAGAGAGGCAAACAGCAGGCAGCAGCUUGGAAAGCCCAACAGAGAUGCUGCUUUGUGGGAAAGGUGAACAGUGAGCAGUUGUGAGCAGCGGAGACUGUUAAGACCAGACUGCUUCCAGGAGCAGAGAAGCAGUGUCAGUGCUGGAUGAACAGCUGAGACAUGUGGGAGCCCAAGAAGAAUUGGAGGUGAGAGCCAUGCUCCAUGCUAAACAGCCAGACUGAGGCUCUGUGGAAACUGCUGAGUGCCCCAGGCUGAACAGUCUUACUGGGGCUCUGUGGAAACUGCUGAAUGCUCCAGGCUGAACAGCCAGACUGGGGCUCUGCAGGAACUGCUGAAACCCAGCUGAGCUCCCAGCAACAAGAUGUGGCUGGAACCAUGGAGUUGCCUUGGGCCUACAUUCAGCAGUGCAAUAGGACAGUAUAUGGAAAAUUCCAGGACCCAGGAUGGUGAGCUUUGGACCGUCAGCAGAGCAGGAAAUAGGACCCUCCCAGGGCCAGGAUUGCUAUGGGAAAGCCACGACUCAGCUUGUAGCAGCUGGAAUGUGGCAUGAAGCAACAGAAAGCUCUCUAGCCUCAGGACACAGGGGUCUAGGAAUGAUCUGGUUAUAAAAGACUAUGGACUGCAAAGUACGGAGGUAGCUGAGAGCAAAAGAUUCAGACAGAGCAACUUACUUGAACUGAAAAAAAAGUUUUGGUUAUGGGACUCCUCAUAUUUAGAGCUCUUUGCUAUACAAAGACUUAAGGGCAGCUGACAAGCUAGGACCUCAUUUUGAGCACUCAGAGGAACUUUUAGGCCUGGUACCAGAAUUUAUUAUUUGUACUUUUAGAACAUAAGUGAAAUGGACAGUAAUGAAUUCAUUGCAAUGAUACCUUUGCAUAUAGACUCUAAUAAUUAUGAUGAUUCGUGAACUGGUUUGUGUAAAAAACGGAACUGUUUAAAUAAAGAAGUUUGGGUUUAAAAAUUAUAAAGAAAGCUGGGCGAUGGUGGUGCAUGC